GUGUAGUAAGCAGGAUUGUUGGCGCUGUAUAAAUAAUCCAAAUCUGGUAUUCUUUUUAUUUUUUUAUAUUAUAUAUAUUACCCCACACAUAUAUAUACAUACAUUUGAUUUUUCUUUAGAGAAAAACUUUAGCAGGCCUUUACAUUCUACUCAUUCAUCGCAAUGGCCAAAGACGAAGGACAAUCGACUUCAAGCGUUCGUACAGGACAUGAGCUCAAUCAAGCUGUUCUUGAAGCCUACCUCAUUAAAAAUGUACCUGGAUUCAUCGGCCCAUUGCAGAUUAGCCAGUUCAAACUCGGCCAAUCAAACCCCACAUAUCUUUUGAAGGAUGGAAAUAAGCAGCAAUAUGUUCUUCGUAAGAAGCCCCCAGGUGCUCUUCUCUCAAGCACUGCACAUGCUAUUGAGCGUGAGUACAGAGUAAUCCAUGCAGUUGGUACAUCCUCGGAUGUGCCUGUCCCUAAAGUCUACUGCCUCUGUGAAGACGUUUCUGUCAUUGGAACCCCAUUUUAUGUUAUGGAAUUUCUUGCAGGUCGCAUUUACUCUGACGUUCGCAUGCUUUCUUUGCCUUAUGAGGAACGCAGAGCUUGUUGGAUUUCUGCUGUUGAGACCUUGGCCAAGUUGCAUAAACUGGACCACAAGGCUAUUGGCUUGGAUGGUUACGGAAAGGAUUCAGGUUUCUAUGCUCGUCAAAUUAGAUCCCUUGCCAAAGUUUCUGCUGCACAGGCUGAAGUUGAGGAUAAGGAGACUGGUGAGAAGGUUGGACCUAUUCCUCGUCUGAAUGAUAUGUUUACUUGGUUCAAGAAGAACCAGGUUCCUGACAAGGCUACUAUUGUACACGGUGAUUUUAAGAUUGAUAACAUGAUCUUCCACCCAACUGAGCCUAGAGUCAUUGGUGUUCUUGACUGGGAGUUGUCUACAAUCGGACACCCUUUGUCUGAUCUUGCAAAUCUCUUGCAACCCUUUUAUGUUUAUCCUUCUGAUAAGAUGACCGGGUUCAAGGGAUUAAAAGAACUUCCUAUUCCUGGAGCCGAUGAGUUGAUGAAGGCAUAUUCUUCCAUUCUUGGACAACCCUAUCCAAUUGAUCGCUGGAUGUUUGCCGUUGCAUUCUCUUUCUUUAGACUUUCUGUAAUUACACAGGGUAUUGCUGCUAGAGUUGCUCGUAAACAGGCUUCUUCUGCACAAGCAAUGUAUUAUGCAGUCAUGUUUAAGCCAGUGGCCAGAAUGGCUUUGGAGAUUGUAGAUGAAGGUGAUUUGGUUCAGAACCCUGUUAGUAAACUAUAAGUUAUUUUCAAUGAAAAUAUAAAAUAUAAAAAUAAAAAUAACAAUAACAAUAAAAAA